AUGGACUUUUUCGUUAGAUCAUUUCAAAGGUUGAAGUGGGGUAUUUUUCCAACCAGAAGAAUUGUCGAUGAAGAUGUGUCAGAAGAUGUGUCAGAAGAAGUAAUUUCAAAAGAUUCAACCAACAUUGAAGAAAGUGAAAAAAAGAGUAUUUCUAAAGUAGAGGUAAAUGAAUUAUCAUUUGAAUAUCGAGAUGAAGCCAAUCGACCAUGGUGGAAAUUCUUUGACGAGUAUGAAUAUAGAAUCACUUCACAAUUCAAAUCAAAUCGUAAAUGGUAUAAAUGGUUUCAUGAUGAAGAUACACCAGAAGAAAGAAAAUUAAUUUUGAAAAUUGACUUAUUACUUACUUUUUAUUCCCUUAUGGCUUAUUGGGUUAAAUAUCUUGAUCAAACAAAUUUAACAAAUGCUUAUGUUGGUGGUAUGAAAGAAAGUAUCAAUAUGCAAGGUAAUGAUUUCGUUAAUACUCAAGUCAUGUUCAAUAUUGGUAAUAUCAUUUUUCAAAUCCCAUUUAUGUAUGUUCUUUAUGCUUUGCCUUUGAAUUACGUAAUGCCGUCUUUAGAUAUUUGUUGGUCAAUUUUAACAAUUUGUUUAUCUCAAGUGAAAAGUGUUGGUACAUUGAAAACAUUAAGAUUUUUUAUUGGAGCAUUUGAAGCUCCUUCUUAUAUUGCAUAUCAUUCGUUAUUUGCUUCUUGGUAUCGUGGUUCAACUGGUGAAAUAGCAAGACGUGCUGGUUUUUAUUAUUUUGGUCAAUAUUUAGGAAUUUUAACUUCGGGAGUAUUAUCAGGUGCAAUUGAAAGAGGUAUGAAAGAUGUUGGUGGAUAUGAAGCAUGGCAAUGGAUUUUUAUUAUUGAUGGAAUCAUUUCAUUAAUUGUUGGAAUAAUUGGAAUUUAUAUGAUUCCUGGAACACCUCAUGAUUGUUAUAGUAUAUUUUUAAGUGAUGAAGAUAUUAGAAUAGCAAGAAAACGAAUUAUAAAAGAUAAUAAAGAUGUUAAACCAAAAGAAAAUGCCACUAAAUAUUUCUUUGAUUUUACAAUUUGGAAAGAUAUUUUUACAAGUUGGCAAUUUUAUGUAUUAUCAAUAUGGGAUAUCUUUUUAUGGAAUAAUUCAAAUGGAACUUCUGGUGCUUAUGCUCUUUGGUUAAAAUCAUUGACUAAAUCUGAUGGAAUUACUCCACUAUAUAAUGCUGGUAAAUUACAAGACAUGACUGCAUUAACACCUGGUUUGGGGAUAAUUUGGUUGAUUAUAGUUUGUUCAAUUGCUGAUUUUGGUAAAAGUAGAAGUGGAGCUAUUAUAUUCAGUCAAAUUUUCAAUAUUUUAUGUAAUGUGCUUUUGGCAAUUUGGAAUUUACCUCAGGGAACAUUGUUAUUUGCAUUUUGUUUACAAUAUUUUAGUUGGUCAUCAUCUCCAGUUUUAUAUAGUUGGCAAGGUGAUAUUUGUCGAAGAGAUAUUAGGAAACGACAAGUGAUUUUGGUGAUUAUGAAUAUGAUUGGUCAACAAUCAACUGCUUGGAUUGCAGUAUUAGUUUGGAAAACAGUAGAAUCUCCUAGAUUUUUAAAAGGUUAUUCAUUCACUGCUGCUUCUGCAUUUGCAUUGAUAAUUUGGACAUUAGUGGUUUUAUAUUUUUAUAAAAGAGAUGAAAAAUUACAUGCUAAAGAAAAUGGAAUAAUUAUAUAUAAUUCAAAAAAUGAUAAAGAAUCAAUAGAAUCUACAUAA